AACUGUCCCCGUGACGUCCAGGCCGCCGCCGCCAAAGCCGCCUCCAUGGACUUUCUCUCUCCCUCAUCAUCAUCAUCAUCGUCGUCGUCGUCACCAUCAUCAUCAAUAUCGUCGUCCGAGGAGCCAUCGACGCCGGAGGAGCUGGGGGAGAUAGUGGAGCUGCCAGCACUAGGAACGAGUUUCGAAUCGGCGGAGGCGAACAAGGAAAUGGUGUUCUUGGAGCCAGUUGAUGGGUGGCUGUAUCCUCACCCAUGGUGGUAUCACAGCAGCAGCAUUUAUGAGGAGGAAGUGAGGGAAGAUUGCGGUGUCUAUUUUACCGGCGGGGAUCAGAUUUCAAUGCACACUCAGUCUAAGUCUCACCAGUACACCACUCUUGACCUUGAUCCUCCUUCCUUGUGGCAAUACUAAUCUCAUCUCUGCUCUACGUGUAACGUGUGUGCUUUCAGUUUUGCUUUCAAUUCCUUUCUUUUCUUUUCUUUUCUUUUCUUUUCUCAUCUUAUCAUUAUUAGACAACCCCUUUUUUUAUUACUACUACAUAUAAGAUAAGACUAUAUUUUCUCUUUAUUUUGUUUUAACUUUGCAUGUGAGCCUUUUGCAAUUUUUCAUCUUAAGUGCUCUUAAUGCAUUUUUCCCCCUCAAGUUCACGUCUUUCUCUUUACUUUAGGUGUGAGGUUUGUAAUGCUCUUCCUUGUUAAUAAUAAUCUCUUUCGUUUCCA